AUGAGUCAUAAUCUAACUGGUGAAGAUAAUAAUGAAGACAUACUACCGCCAGAAAAAAGAAUUCAAACAUUGUUGUUGUUGAGUUCUAAAAUUGAGUUAAACACGAAUAUAGCAGCUAGAAAAUAUUACCGAUCAGGGCGAGAGAUGAUUAGUAUGGCUGAUGUAUAUACAAAAGAAAACAAUUUGGAACAAGCAUAUAUUCUUUACAUGAGAUUUAUGACAUUAUUUUUGGAAACUAUUAAUGAACAUCCAGAUUACAAAAAUGUACCAAUUGAAGAACGCAAUUUAAAUUAUCGGGCUCUCCGCGAAGUCCUCCCAAUAGCAGAAAAUAUAAAAACUAAAUUAUUAGAACAAUAUAGUACUGAAUAUGAAUUGUAUCAAGAACGAAAAGCAUUACAAGAAUUUAAAGAAAAACGUGAUAAAAAAUUAUUAAGUUUAGAAAAGAAUGAUACGCCAUCUAUUCAAAAUGUCACUCAAAAACAUUUAAAUACAAUUUCAAAUAAUACCACAGUACCUGAGCUAAAUACUUAUUUAAAUAAUCCUACAUCAUUUGAAUUAAGACCAUCAGAUCAUUCAGAUGACAAUUUAAUCAAUUUUAAUGAAUUGGAUGAUAAUACUCUACCAUCAAAUAUACCUACACAUUCAAAUUCAAAAAUACAAUUCAAUCAACAUAAACCUAUUGUUGAUAGAAGUACCAAACCAAUGUUGUACAAGAACACUACAAGUCCGUACAAUCUUCGCCAAAUAAUAGUUCCAGGCAAUUUAACUAAAAGAUUCCUUGAACAAGCAAAACAGAAUACAUUCAAUAAUUUAGAAACUUGUGGCAUAUUAGCAGGAAAAUUGAGUUCUAACUGUUUAAUUGUCACUCAUUUAAUGAUUCCAAAACAAAGUGGUACAUCAGAUUCAUGUACUACAAUGAAUGAAGAAGACAUUUUUGAAUUUCAAGACAAGCAAGACCUUAUUACUUUAGGAUGGAUACAUACUCAUCCAACACAAACUUCUUUUAUGUCAAGUGUAGAUUUACAUACACAUUAUUCAUAUCAGUUAAUGAUGCCAGAAGCUAUUGCAAUUGUCUGUGCACCUAAAUAUAAUGAAUCAAAUUUCUUCUUCUUGACGCCUUAUCAUGGAUUACAAGUUAUAGCCGAUUGCAAAUUUGUCAGUGGUUUCCAUACACAUAACACAGAUGGUGAUAUUUAUGCCAUUGCCGAACAUUAUGUAUUGGAUGACAACUUGCUGGUCAAUGUGGUUGAUUUUAGAUAAUAAGAAUAUUACAGUAUUUUAAACAUUCGUUUAAAUGUUAACCAUGUGAAAAAUUAAAGUAAUAGGUCUAUCUAUUGUAUAUUCUGA